AUGUCUCUGAUGCGGCUGCCCAUCCGGCCCGCGCUUUCUGCACGCGCGACAUGCAUCCGGUGCUUCUCGUCGGGCGCGAAGAAGCAAGAGGAUGUCCUGGAUAUCCUCGCAAACAGCACUGCCGCCCGCCACCCCGCCAAUGCCCCCGCCGCCAGCCAGCCGCGCGCCAACGAAUCCGCAGCCUCACGCUUCGUCCGCAGUGUAGGCCUCGAUCGCGCAUCCUCGACCCCAUCCCGCGAGCUCGCCGAGUCAGAGCGACUCGCGCAGUACCAGCGACAGGUUUUCCGCAGAUGGCAGCCCGGCGAUGUGUAUGCGCCGCACGAUCUGAGCGGGACGGAGCAGAAGAAGUGGAAGCAGGGACGCAAGAAGCCGCAGGAGGAUGCUUUUGAUGUCUUAGGCGUCAAUCCUGUUAUGGAAUACAAGAACUUCACCAUCAUGUCCGAGUACAUGACCGAAAUGGGGCGCAUCAAGCACUCAAAGGACACCGGACUGCGGCCAAAGAACCAGCGCAAGAUUGCCAAGGCCAUACGGAGGGCCGUCGGCCUGGGUCUGAUGCCCAGCGUGCACAGGCAUCCAUUGGUGCUGAAGAAGAGCUCGCCCGCACGGUUCUUGUAAGAAAUACCGAGCGUGUACAAUACCACUGAAUUCGACUUGUAUAGCGUCGCCGUUGAGUGCAUUUGCACUGCAUGCACAGGCUGCACCAAACUAUGAAUGGCAUGAAUGCGACCGCAAAUGUUCAAAACCGACAUGGCCGUUGUUCCUUUGCUUUUCUU